CUGCUUUUAGCGUUAGGUGAGUUUCAUUGUGACGCAGAUAACGUCUUUGACGGAGGUGAUGACGAUGACGCUCAGUAACCGGAGCAACGGUAAACUUCCCUCAACGGCCGCUUAACUCAACUUGACCCAAGACGGCAGCUGUUGAGGUUCAGAUGAAGGCAAACUUGGUAUAAAGCGGUUGUCAAACAAAACGAGUGAGUAUCGUGCAACAAUGUCUGCUGAAAUACCCAUGGAGAGAACACACCAGAGGACAUGCACAGACUCUAGUCCGUCGGUUCAGAGUCCUGCACCUAACCCAGACACCUCUGGGACCAGUAGGGUGGAGCACCAAGGGGACAGCCUGGCCCUGCUGGCCUUUCAGUGUGAACCAACGUUGGGCCAGACUCGCCCUGACCCGUCCUCUCUCCUGAGCCCUGGUGGUGCCGUCCCCGUUGGCCCACACCCGCCAACGGCUACCAACAUGGAUGCCUUUCAGACUGUAACUCAGACUAGGCAACAAGUUCCAGAUCAUCCAUAUGAGGUGCUGCAGCAACAAAUUGAGCAGAUCCACAAGGUUCUCCAGGAGCAGAGUAGACUGCUGACUCUACCAGGAACAGUCUCUGUUGAAGGUCUGAUGUUUCCUGUCUGUGUACCCUUGCGGUGGAUCGGCAUGCUGCCUGUGUUGACUGCCGGGAGCUCUGAUAAGCUCCCAGUUUUCAACGUGUCAUCUCCUCCUCCAUCAGAUGGAAGGAAGCCUGAGGAUCAUCCUGUCUCCACAUGUCCCAGCCAGGAUGCAUUGAGAUCUAAAAAAGGGACUGCAGAGCAGAGAGACUUACCUACCACCGCAGAGACUGACCACCACAGAGAUGAGCCAGACCAGGACCCAGUCCGCCCCCCUGGAGUGAGAAACAUCCCCCCUGCCAACUCUGAAGACAGUGUUCUUUUCUCUGUCAUGUCACCGAUGCUGAUCAGAUCUGCUGUGAGAGAGGAAGAGACCUUUGGGGAGUGUGAGGAGGAGCAGCUCAAAGUGCCUAAAAUCUCUGAGCCAAAGCAGCUGCAGACCCUCAGUGGGAAGAUGAGGUUGACAGAGAGACAUUACUUCUUGUGGGAGGGAGAGAGCAUUUCCAGGGUAGACAGACAUAAUUUGAAUUUCUCUAAUCAGCAGGAUGUCCAGAGAGGGGCUCCCCUCAGCCAGCAGCAGCCCGGCAGGAAGUUAACCUCUGGCAUCCAGAGGCGCUCCUCUGCCCCAUCUUUAGUCUUUAAAGACGAAGGAACUCAGCUUCAAAGCAUGAAAACUGAGUUUAGGACUUUACAAGACUUUUGCUCAGCUUCAUAUGAUCCUCAGACACCUGAGGUCAGCCAGAGGAAGACCCAAACAGAGAUCCAGGUUCAGCCUCAUGUCCACAGCCUAGAACAAACAUAUUUCAACACUCCUGUUGUGUCCCAACCAGAAACUCUGCCUGACCAAGUAAAACAGAUCACUAAUAGUCCUGCAGCGACAGACAGAGAGGGCAACAUUGGCCAAUUACAAAAGAAGAAAUACCCUAAAAACUGUCAUUUAAGGGAAACAGAAUGCAGAAUUAAUGAAUCACUCUCUGAGCCAAUGCCCUCAGAUAGUAAGUCAUUUAGGGAGAAAAGGGUGAGGCACCAGGAUGUAGAAAAGAUGGCUGAAACUGCCGGAAAAAUAGAUGAUGAAGACGAGGUGAAAGGUCAGAUUGUAACAGCAAAUCAAAGAGAAAUCACGGUGAGCUCAUCUGUUGCCACCUCAGAGGACCUAUGGGAACAACCCCUGCAGCAGAACAACACACCUGUCUGGACUCCCAAACAUCCCAGAGUUGGGUAUGAAUCAAACUUAGUGCAACAUUUUAACAUUUCCCCCCCUUUGAGGGACAACAGAGUUUCCCAGCAUGCCGGGGGAAAUCAGGAAGUUAUUGUUAGUGUUAAGACCGUUCACGACCCCAUGGAUAGAGUCCCAAGCUUUAACUUUGAAACUCUAUCCACCGGCUGUGAUGAAACAAAAACACAGUUUCAUCUCUGCCAGUGGCGCAUGUCAAGACCAGGAAGCAGCACAGGCUCAGACGGGGUCAAAGGUCAAAAACAAGCUGCUACAACCGCAGCAGAAGCAUUUUGUCUUUGUGCGCCAAACAACACAAGUGAAGUCCCAACACCUCUGAAACGCACUACAUCUCCCACAUAUUCCACUUCAGAAAGGGCGACUGGCGGUGGUAGUGGCAGUGAUGAUGACUAUCACCGCCCCUCCCAGUGUCACCAGUUCCUCAAGCUCCCAUCCCCUCCUUCCUGCCUCGGCAUCCACGAUUCCCACUUAAACCUUUCGGAGGAUGACAAUGCCAGCGAGGCUGAGGAGAGGUGGAUGGUCCCAGGGAUCCAGAAACAGGAACAGAGUCCUGGUUUUGGACUAAGGCCUCAGCAUCAAUCCUCUUCUUCUGGCUCCAACAGAGAUGAUAAAGCUUCGGCUGAUUAUAAUGGGUGUCAGAAAAUGUCCAAGACACACACACUGAAACCAGAAAAAAACCCUGAUGCUCCAGAUGUAACUAAAAUGGCACAAUCGAGGGGGUUUCUCAGAGAAAGAGUGUCUCAGACAGAUGAGCUGAGGACAGGCUGCAAAGGCAAUGGCAUCUCCUCUGACAGAACAGAGGGACUUGAGGACAUGAGAAACCAACACAGUCUGCACAAACUGGAAACCAGGGCAGUCCAGGCCCUCAGGCAGCAGAUGAAAGCCCUUCAGCAGCAGUUCAAGCAGAGAGAGAGUGAAUGGUCUGUAGUUCGACGCCAGCUGGAGGAGGUGAGAACAGAAACCUCUGAGCUGAGGAAGAACCUGACAGUUACUACACAUUGCCGCCCAGUGGCCGGUCGGUGCACUGCACAAACAAAAACUGAACACCAGGAGGGACAGACAGAGAUCUCUAUAUCUCCUGAGAUGGAGCAGCUUCUCGCUAACGGGUGCAGCGUGGUGACUUUCCCAGACGGGACAAGGAAAGUAACUUCUGCAGACCAGAAGACAAAAACGGUCACAUUCUUCAAUGGAGACAUCAAACACAUCUUGGAAGAUGGGAAAGUGGUGUAUUACUACGCUGGUUCUCGGACAACGCACACCACCCACCCAAAUGGUCUGGAGGUCCUUCACUUCCCCAGCAAGCAGAUUGAGAAGCGACACCCUGGGGGGAGGAGAGAGAUCUUAUUUCCAGACCAGACCAUUAAGUAUUUGGAGACUGACGGCAGCGAGAGGACAAUCUUCCCUGAUGGCACCAUCGUUCACCUCUCACCGUUAGGUGAGAAGACGGUGGAUUUCCCCAGCGGUCAGACAGAAAUCCACACUUCCCAUUUCAAGAGGAGGGAGUAUCCGGAUGGGACAGUUAAGAUUAUCUACCCCGACGGGAGACAGGAAACCAAGUACGCGUCAGGCAGAGUACGCACUAAGAAAAAGGACAAAGUUAUCAUCUGACUUGUUUUUUUUGUGGCAUUUUCAGCCUUUGUUUUGACAGGACAGCUGAAGACAUGAGAGGGGGGAAUGACCCGCUCUACCAACUGAGCUAUCCGGGCGCCUGUUUUUUUGUGUGUUUGUGAUUAGAGAUGUAUUUUACUCUCAUGUAGCAAGCAAGUAAUUCAUUAUUAUUUAUUUACUAAUCAUUUCAAAAGAAGUUAAACAACUUGAUUUAAUUAAUUUAUAAUUAAUUUAAUUUAUACUGUUUAUCGAUCCUCAGUGGUUUUGAAGAAUUACAAUUUACACUCUGUUUUUGUUAAAAUCACUACACACAGACCUGAAUUA